AUGGUCGACGAGGAGAAAAGCACACAAGACUCGGUCCAGCGCGAAGCAGCCCAGAGGGGUCUCCAGAAGACUGAUUCCAAUUCGUUUACAUGGAACACCGACCACAAAGACUUCCCACGUAAUUGGACACUCUGGCGCAAAACCUACGACGGGCUGCUCAUUUUCUUCCUGGAAUUUUUUACGACCGUCAUCAGCACGACGGGUCCAUCAGCCACCGAGCCUGCUAUGAAAGAGUACAGACUGAGCAGGGUGAUCGCUUUGACGUGUUUCCAAUUCAUGUAUGGCAUAGGACAAGCUCUUGGAGGGCUAGUCAUGCCGCCCUUCUCCGAAACGCUAGGUCGACGGAAGUCCUACUUGUUUUCGGCAGCUUUAUACAGCAUUUCGUCUCUGUUAGUCGGGAUCGUGCCUUCACCUGAGCAGGCUGUGGUUCCUCUGGCUAUGGAACUGCAGUACCACGUUUGUGCCGGUUGGCGGUGGAUCUUUCAUACAUCAGCUAUCACUUCCGCCGUUUUAUUUGUUCUCCUUUUUGCCGUCAAAGAGAGCCGGCCAACCAAACUGCUUUCGGAACGAUUGGAUAGUCUGCAGUCAGAGGUCGGGAGUCUUGACUUGGAUCUUACCAAUCCAGAUCGCCCUACUCGCCCGUACGAAUUCUUGACUGUUAUACUCCUACGACCAGCCCGGUUAGGUAUGACGGAGCCUAUAAUCAUUCUUGUCGCGUCCAUUAGUGCGACGGUAUGGGGCAUGGUAUAUCUCUUCACGGAGAGCUUCACAGUCGUUUACAGCCAGUUUGGCUGGGCUGAAACGUCCACUUCGCUGCCUUUUAUUGCUCUGUUACCCGGUGUUUUACUUGGCGGCUUCGUUCGCUUGUGGGACCAACAUCAAAUGAACAAUAGGCAAAGGAAUGGAGUUAGCCCUAAGCCUGAAGACAAGAUCAACGGUUUUGCAAUUGCAGCUCCAGCACUCGCUGUCGGGCUCUGGGUUUUUGGCUGGACAGUCCCACCACUGGUUCACACGCACUGGAUCGUUUCCAUGUUCGGUCUUGCCCUGAUUGGUUUUGCUGUGAAUGAGUUCGCAUACACUCUAAGCGGCUACAUUGCUGACUCGUACACAAUUUAUGCAUCCUCAGGCCUGGCCGCUGUGGCUUUCCUACGAGGAACAUUAUCAGGCAGCAGUCGCGACAUUGUUCUGCGUGACACCGUAUAUAUUCCUCAAGCAUGGCCUGCGGCUUAG